AUCUUCACUGCCUGAAACCUAACCCAAACAGGACUAGGAUUAGGAUUCCCUCUACUCCAUGCAAUGCUCACCUCUUUCCUACUACCACUACACCAGAGUUGCUCCACAAAGCUGCACCAAACCCUCUUCUACCUCGCUUCAAAAACCCUACCCCUCCCGUUGCCAAGAUCAUAACAUCUCACCAUGGCUUCCCUUGCCAUCCUCCUCCUCUUGGCGCACUUCUCCGGCUCCAUCGCCGUCUCUUCAAACUACUACGUCUCAAGGAGCACCGAGCAGCAGGUCAUCGCCACCGUCGCACCGGACGUUAUUCCGGACACCGACGGCCAGAGCGCGCUGCCGUUCCUCACCUCUCCCUCCGGGUCGUACGCAGCGUACCUCCGCCGCGCCGUGGACAGCGCCGGUGGCCUCGGCGGGGACACGUGCUACGUCCAAAUCCAGCAAGCGGGCGGCGGCAGCAGCAACAGCGUGUGGGAGUCAGACUGCACCCCGGUGGGCGGCGCCGACGCGUGCGACCUGGCGUUCUCGCCGGUGGGGCUCGAGCUCUUCGCCGGCGGGCACUCGUUGUGGGACACCGGGAUCGAUGCCGAUCCGGAGACGCUGAGCAUUGAUGACGGCGGCGACAUGAAGAUUGUUAGCAAGGAAGGUGUGACGGUGUGGACGGCGAGCGGUGAGCCCUGGACGGGGCAGCAAUGCGGGGCACCCUUGCCGGUGUCGUCGGCACCUUCGAUGGAAGCGCUCCCACCGCUGUCCACAGCCAGCACAAAGCUCGUGACACCGCCGACAGCGACUCUUGCCGGUACGGGGAGCACGGACUUUUCUGGAGACCAACCGGCGCCGCCACCAGUCGACACGUUUCCCGACUUGCCGACCCAGCCGCCACUUGACACGGCGCCCGAACAGCCACUGGCACCGCCUCCAGCAGACGCAUCACCCGACCUGUCACUGCCACCCCCGCCGGCUUACACGUUUCCAGACUUGCCGGACCAGCCGCUGGCACCCCCGCCGGCUGUCAUGUCACCGGACCAGCCACUGCUUUCGUCGCCGCCACCCGCUCCGGCUCCCUUUGGCCCUCAAACGCCAAUGCCACCUUUCGGCACGGCCCCACUCGCCGCCCCGGCGACCGGCGUCUCCGGCGAGGCAUCCCCCGGCCCAGCAUUCUCGGGCACCACCGCGUCACCUGGCGAACCAGGCUCACCAGGUGGCGUGCCAUUCUCGGCGUCAUCGCCUGUCGGCAUGCCGCACACGCACGGGGCGCCGCAUCACGACUUGCCCUUCGCAGCCUCGCCGCCGCUGCCUGACGCGCUGGCGCCGGCAGGCCAUGGUGCGGGAGCCGUGCACCCCUUAGGCCAGCCCGGGCAGCAACAAGGGCAAGGCGUGUUCGGCCAGCAGCAGCUGCUGAACGGCGCAGGGCAGCCGUUGGAGGACAGCUCUGGCGGGUGGUCAAGAAAUGAGCGCGGCAGAGUGGCCGUGUGCGUGGCUUUGGCUGCUCUGAUGGCUCUCUGUUUUGGCUUCUAAUUUCUUUUCCUUUCGCUUUAGAGAUUGGCAUCUCAUUUAUGUUUUGUUAUUGGUUUGAUCCUGGUUUAUGGUUCGUUUCUGCUGCUAAAUACUGUAGCAGUUUGUGUGUAAAACAUGUUAUGGUCAGCUUGCCUGAUUUUAUUGUGUAGGAUAUGAUGUACCAUAUGUAUGUAUGCUUC